CGAGACACAAGUCCGAGAAAAAAAAAAACAUCCGGAACAAUCCGAAUAGACUUGUUUCCACAUCAUCAGGACUUGAGGUGGAUAAACGAUCUCAUCAUGAUGACCUCCUCGCUGCCUUUUUUGGUCGACCAUGAACGUCUGAAACUAAGGGUGGAGAGGAAGAUAAGGAAUAUUUUUAUAACGCAGCCUGAUGACAUCAGGCCGCGAGAGGAGAACGUUAAUUACAUACCAAUAGUAACUGAGGAUCCUAGCAGAAUCCUUAAAGCUGGAGUGAACACGUUACAAAAGACUCUGGUUCUGAAGAAACAAACCGAGCUGGAAGACGUAAAUAACCUUGUUGCCCUCAAAAAAGACGAAUUCAAGAGAAAUGUGGAGGCUCUGGCUAAGAGAAGGACUAAACUGGAACUGAAACACCAGGAGACUAAAGAGAAAGCGAUUAAAUUUGGGGAAUUUGUGAGUGAAAAUGAAGCAAAGCGCAGUCGAGCCUUGCAGGAGUACAAAGCGGUGCAGGAGGAGAAUUUGAUGAAGCAGAAGGAGACGGAGGAGCUCAUAAAGCAGCUGCAACAACUUCGAGCCAGGAGGCGCAUUUUAAAGGAGAGGUUAACAAAAUACAAAAUCUUUGAAGACUACCUGCUGAAAACAUUGGAUUAUCUCCCAAACAAUCAUCUUGAGGACUCUGACUGUGCGGUCAUGCCGGUCAUCCAGCGCCAUGAGACCCUGUCCGUCACCCACCAGCAGCUGCUGCAGCGCCUGGGCCAGAUGGAGGAGGAGGUGGAGCGGAGGAGGCGACAACUGCACGCCAUGAAGCAAGGACACAGCAUGCAUAAAUUGAUAGCCAGUAAGGAACUUUGUGAACUUCAGAGGGAGUUGGAGAGCCUGAAAGAGAAGAACAAGCAAGAAGAAGACAAACUUCUGACGGAGCAAGGACAGUCCAGACGGAAGGCUGAAGAAGUGGGAAGCCUCAUCAUGGCCAUCAACAAUCUCGCAGAGCAGUGUUAUUUACCAGCGUAUGGACCUCUGGAGGACAUGAGCGUAUCAACAAUGAUGGACAUGGUGAAGGACUACUUUGCGGACAAGGCAGACACUGAGAAGAGAGCCAGGAGACUGAUGGAGUGCAGUUCCCAAGCGACGAGUAAAACUGCUUUGACGGACAAGAGAGCGAGGGUAUCCAUGAACAGCUUUGGUAGUAAAAGCCAAAUCAAAAGUCCAAGUAAAGUCAGCAGGAGGAGUGAGGAAUCCUGUUGAAAAGCAUCACUAGAAAGAGCUGUGAUGAGUGUAGAACUCUAAACUACUGCAUUAACUACUGUUGAAGUGUUUAGCACGGGUAUAUGUCAAUGUUCUACAUUAAUAUGAAAAUAAAAGGAGUCAAUUUACUGUGGACUAACCGCUUCGCUGGCUACUUCACUACAGUCACUUUUUUUUUUUUAGGGAAUUCAGAUUUCACUUGUAAGCUUAACAGGGUCUCUGCAGGUAGUCAAGUAAAUUUUAAGAUUUCUAAAGACUUUUUAAAGACCAUGAUGAAUACAAUUUAAGACCCAUUUCACAUCUACUGGAAAAAAAGUAACAAAAAAAAGACAUUAAGGAAAUUUGAAGGCCCCAAAUGACUUGCAAAUGAUAUAAACAAACUGCACACGGCCCACUAGCUGGUUGUG